GACUCGGAAACUUUGUCCGGUUUCCCGAAUUACAAGACGUCGUAGAGAAGGUGAUAUUAGGUUCUUCUGAGAAAUAAUGGCUGACUGUACCAAUUCGUCUCUUCUCCGUUGUUUAGUGCAAUCGGUCGUCAGAAGAAUACCCGGAAAAAGUCUGCAGCCGACGCUGACGAAGUGGGGUCGUCUGUCAACGGAACAACUAUCUUCGCUGGAUUUCAAAAAGCCGAAGCCCGUGUUCACUGAAAAUCUACUCGCCAUCUGUGAGGAAAGUGGUUUGCCUCUUAAAUACAUCACAGAACUUGAAAUGAUAUAUGUAAUGGAAAAACCCGACAAAGGAACGUGGCAUGCUUUUCAGCUCCAAGAUGCUAGAGAUGGUGCCGAGUGUUUAGAGUUGAUCCAUUUCAGGCAGCAGUUUAAAUCCCACCUCACGGAACUUGUCAAAAAAGUGUCUAUCAGGAUAAAGAAACACACAGAUGAGGCUAUAUGGAUACGUAUUGCCUGGGGGGACAGCUUCUCUCAGCCCAACCACCUGAAACCAACAUAUGCUGUUCACAAUCUUCACACACCUUAUGUCUUUGUGACUGGCCUCACUUCAAAGCAUAAACCCCUGCUUUGCCAGGCUUUAGUCAUGGCCACCAUGAGCAGUGCUAUUAAGGAUGCCAAUCUCCGUGGACACAAACUUACUGCCAUCAGAAGCCUGCUCAUGAAACAGUAUCAACAGGUGUUUUCUACUAACUAUCCCAGUCUUCCUGAGGAAGAUAAUCCGCCAAACCCACACAUAGAAAAAGAGCAGGCCACGCAUGCAGAGAAGAGAUUACAGAAUGCCUGUGAAGCUUUUGGUAGCGGGACGUUGCCUGAACUGCAAACUGCAGUUUACAAGCUAGAGACAAAGUUUAAGGACCCCACCAACAACAUCAUGACUGAGAGGGAAGAACCUUUCAAAUGUGCUGUCACGUUUACAAGCACCAACCUCCUAGAGUCCCUCAGACACUGUGCAUCAUCAGGCAUCGCCUCCACUCCUGUCACACUCCUGCUCUCAUCGGUCACUCAGAAAGGAAGGAAUUAUUUUGUGAUCACAGACAAGCCUUUGGACCCUCAUCACAAACAUCCAAACCAAAGAACCGACGUGACCGACCACUGAAUCCAUGGACUCUCAUAGAGAACUUCUUUAAUUUCCUCCAAAUGCAGUCCAACCAUUAUAUAUGAUAUUUCAACAAGAUAAAUGCUUAAGAGGGCAGUAAGAGCUGAGCAGCUUUAGAAUUACUGGAAAAAAAUGCAGGAGGCACGGUGGUUAGCAUGGUCGCCUCACAGCAAGAAAGUCCAGGGUUCGAGCCCCGGGGUAGUCCAACCUUGGGGGUCGUCCUGUGUGAAGUUUGCAUGUUCUCCCCGUGUCUGCAUGGGUUUCCUCCGGGGGCUCCGGUUCCCUCCCGCAGUCCAAAGACAUGUAGGUCAGGUGAAUCGGCUGUACUAAAUUGUCCCUGGGUAUGAAUGUGUGUGUGUGUGUCGGCCCUGUGCGAUAGUCUGGCGGCCUGUCCAGGGUGACUCCCCGCCUGUUGCCCAAUGACUGCUGGGAUAGGCUCCAGCAUCCCCGCGACCCUGAGAGCAGGAUAAGCGGUUUAGAAAAUGGAUGGAUGGAAUAAAAUGCAAUCAAAUGUGUAGCAUGAACCUUAACCCAGUGGCAUCUCUAGAAAUGUUACAUGAGUACUUCUUGGUGUGCAUUUUUCAUUGGACUCGAUGUGUUUCUGAUCAGAUUGACUUCUCCAUGAAACCAUCCUCUAUUCUGCAGCCUUUACGAAGGUAAAGGGAAAGACGGUUCUCUUUAAACUACAACUGAUGCAUCGGUGUUAGCCACAUUAUAUGAUGCAUUCUAGAUCUGCACA